GGGAACCGGGCGUGCCGGGAGGCGCGGCCUGGGGGCGCUCGGUCCCGACCGGCGGCGGCGGCUGAGGCGGGGCGGUGGUGGCGGCGGCGGCGAUGCUGCGGCGGAAGCCGACGCGGCUGGAGCUGAAGCUGGACGACAUCGAGGAGUUCGAGAGCAUCCGGAAGGACCUGGAGAGCCGCAAGAAGCAGCGGGAGGAGGCGGACGCGGCGGCGGCCGGCGAGGAGGCGGCGGCGGCGGCGGCGGCCAUGGCGCUGGGCACUGACCACAAGAGCCGGGAGCAGAUGAUCAAUGACCGCAUCGGCUACAAGCCGCAGCCCAAGGCCGGCGGCCGCGCCGCCCACUUCGGCACCUUCGAGUUCUAAGGGCGGGGGCGGCCCGGCCCCACCGGCCGAGCGGGACACGGCACCGGGGGAGCCGCCAGCCCCCCGCCGGCCGGGGGUCCGAGGACGGGCCUCCUCCUACUUUCUGCUGUUUUGCUCUUUUUUUUUUUUUUUUAUUUAGUUUAUCUGGUUAACACGCCCAUGAUUCUCCCUUG